UCAUUACUUAUAUUUUACACAAAUAAAGAAGAAAGACAAAUGCAGAAGAUGUGUGAUAGUCAAUCUAUAAAAUGUUAGAUUCUCGCUCAGCAAUACUAUUAGGGAGCUUCUUGGAAGCCCUACCAAGUUCUUGUCAAGCUUUAUAAUGAUACUACCCAGAGCUUCAUUGGUGCUUAAUCUUCUCCUGAUUGAGGCUCUUAGUAGUAAUUACAGGAAAUAGAGUUUAUGUGCUCAUUGAUUAUUUCACUUUUGUACUGAUUAUCAACUUUGAACAUAAUGAGACAUUCCAGAACCCAGGACCUGACCUCUCAAUUAGCACGGUUUAUGGAAUUCUAUCAGGACCUUCUACAAGAGCAGGGAUUUCUUUUAUUAUUUUAAUAGUUCUGGAUCAAAAAAUAGUGACAAGUUCUUAUAUUUCACAUUGUCUAAUUGCUUUGAGUGCUCUUACAAUCUUACAGUCAGAUCUAUCUCAUUAUAAAACUGUGAGGGAACUUUUAGUUGAGUUUCUUAAGUGUUAUCCUAGUCUUGGUCCUGUAGCAAUAUUUUCAAGUAUUCUCAAUAAAGCAAGACUCUGUAAAAACUAUUCCUAAUGGAAUCUUUGAGUAUUAUCAUUUGAUCAGAUUACAAAGUGAGAAGUUUGAUUUCUCGAUGCUGUAAGUACAUGGCAAAGAUUUAAAACCCCGUCUUAUGCUCUGAGAUUUAAAUAACA